AACCAAAAUCAUAGAACCAGCAAAAUGCUGUCUUCCAUGGCGGUUCCGGUUAAUGGGUUUUCCGUAAACCUUCCGAAACCCAACGUUGUUGUUGUCUUGAGGAGCAGAGUUCUGUACGGUUCUGCAAACAGCUUCUCUUUUUCAGGGCUCUUAUUCCUAAAGUCUUCUUCUUACAGGAUCAAAGUAAGAAGCUUUCAGAAAGAAAAUGUUGGAAACAAUGACUCUGCAAAGUCUCAAGAUAGUGAAGAUGAUGAGAAACCAAAUGUUGAUGAGAUACUUAACAAAGAAAACACAAUAGUUUCUGAAAAGAAGAGAGUCCCAUUCAUAGCUAAGUUAGGUUUGGGGAUAGGCUUGGCUCUGAUUAUUACAGUUAUAUGUGUAACCUUCAAAAGCUCUGGUGGUUCACCUCUUGAGGUUAAGAGUCUAGCCAAAGUUUCAUCAUCUUCUUCAGUAGGCUUUACUUUCAAUGCCUUUGGAAACAGAUUCGUAAUUCCAAGAAAUGCGCCGGGAUGGGUUUACUUUUGGUUGCUAAUGGCGGCUGGGUUCGGGCUUUUCGUUAGUGAAGAGGCUCUAAAUAUAUGGGUUGGAAUAACAUUGGCUCAGAUGUUAACUCUUGAUGGGACAUGGCAAUCAUUUGCUGAGUCUUUCUCUCGGAAUGCUCCUUAUAUACUUUCUACAGUCUCAUGGGUUUACUGGGGAGUUUGUAUAAGCGAUAUGAUACCGUUUUACUUAGGGAAGCUCUUUAGACAAAGUGGAGGAUCAGAUGAUGUUUGUUCAAAGCUCGGUAUAGGUAAAGAGAAAGCGCUAAGUAUCACUCAGGCCGUGGAAAAGUAUGGAAACCUCUCGGGUUUCGUGGAAAGAUUUUCUCUGGGAAUGAGGAAUCCUACAGCAUUCUUAGCCGGUGCUCUUGGAAUAUCUCCAGAAUGUUUCUUUGCAGGAGUUUGUUGUGGUGGCUUGAUUACUCUUCCACUUCAGCUUGUGAUUGGGUUUCUCCUUAGAGAACGCCCCUUGUUUGCUGUUGCAACAGUAGCAACUGCAGUGGGAAUUUGGACAAUCUUCCCGUAUGUGGUGGCUGCAUCCACGGCUUUGUACCUCUACAUUCGCAGUCGCUAA